GGCCUCCAGGAGUUAACCUGCAGCACUGCUCAGAGCAGUGGGGCAUAGGAUACUUAAGCUUCCGGAGCUCAGGCUUGCAGAGGAAUGAUACGCAGUUUUGAAUGAGCAGCUGCCGCAGCCUGUCUGGCAGGUUUUCAAGUUGAGAAGUCUAAGCCUAGCUAGGAUACAGACACUCUUCUAAGUGGUAGAAUCAGGAGAAAUGGCAAAACGUGCUUUCUCCACGCUGGAGACAUUCCUGAUUUUCCUCCUUGUAAUGAUGACUGCCAUUACAGUGGCUCUUCUCAGCCUCUUGUUUAUCACCAGUGGAACCAUUGAAAACCACAAAGAUUCAGGGAACCAUGGUUUUUUAACAACCCAACCCACUUCAGCAAGCCAGAGUCCCACAGACACCCAAGCCUCUCCAGCAACACCAGAGCCUCCUCUGUUUCAGAACUUUAGUGGGUACCAUAUUGGUGUUGGGCGAGCUGACUGCACAGGACAAGUAUCAGAUAUCAGUUUGAUGGGCUUUGGCAAAGCUGGCCAGAAUGCACAAGGCCUGCUGACGAGGCUGUACAGUCGUGCUUUCAUCAUGGCUGAACCUGAUGGAUCAAAUCGAGUGGUGUUUGUCAGCAUCGAAAUAGGCAUGGUGUCCCAACGACUCAGGCUGGAGGUCAUGAGUAGACUGAAAAGUAAGUAUGGAUCCCUGUACCGAAGAGACAAUGUUAUCCUGAGUGGCACUCACACACACUCCGGCCCUGCAGGAUUUUUCCAGUAUACUCUUUUUGUCCUUGCCAGUGAAGGAUUUAGCAAUCGAACCUUUGAGUACAUGGUCUCUGGAAUCCUGAAGAGCAUUGACAUCGCACACCAAAAUAUGAAGCCAGGCAAAAUCUUCAUCAAUAAAGGCAAUGUCUUUGGUGUGCAGAUCAAUCGAAGUCCUUCUUCUUACCUCCACAACCCGCAGUCAGAGAGAGCAAGGUAUUCGUCAAACACAGAGAGGGAGAUGAUAGUUUUGAAAAUGGUCGAUUUGAAUGAAGUUGAAUUGGGCCUUAUCAGCUGGUUUGGCAUCCACCCAGUCAGCAUGAAUAACACCAACCACCUUGUAAAUAGUGAUAAUAUGGGCUAUGCAUCUUACCUUUUUGAGCAGGAGAAGAACAGAGGAUAUCUACCCGGCCAGGGCCCGUUUGUAGCAGCCUUUGCAUCAUCUAUCCUAGGAGACGUGUCCCCCAACAUUCUCGGCCCACAUUGCAUCGACACAGGAGAGUCUUGUGACAAUGCCAAUAGCACUUGUCCCAUUGGUGGGCCUAGCAUGUGCAUUGCUAAGGGACCUGGACAAGAUAUGCUUGACAGCACACAGAUUAUAGGACUGGCCAUAUACCAGAAAGCAAAGGAACUGUAUACCUCUGCCUCCCAGAAGGUGACUGGACAGGUGGCUUCAGCUCACCAGUGGGUGAAUAUGACGGAUGUGACUGUGUGGCUCAAUUCUACACACACAGUAAAAACAUGUAAGCCAGCAUUGGGCUACAGCUUUGCGGCUGGCACCAUCGAUGGAGUUUCGGGCCUCAACAUUACACAGGGGACAACAGAAACAGAUCCAUUUUGGGAAUACUUUCGGAAUCAGCUCCUGGGCAGACCAUCUCAAGAAAUCAAAGACUGCCAUAAACCAAAGCCAGUCCUGCUUCACACUGGAGAGCUAUCAAGACCUCAUCCCUGGCAUCCAGACAUUGUUGAUGUUCAAAUUGUUACUCUUGGAUCUUUGGCCAUCACUGCUGUCCCUGGAGAGGUUACGACUAUGUCUGGACGAAGACUUCAAGAGGCAAUUCAAACAGAAUUUGCAUCACAUGGGAUGAAGGAUAUGACUGUUGCAAUUUCGGGUCUAUGCAAUGUUUACACACAUUACAUUACCACUUAUGAAGAAUACCAGGCUCAGCGGUAUGAGGCAGCAUCUACAGUCUAUGGCCCACACACUCUGUCCGCUUACAUCCAGCUCUUCAAAGCUCUUGCUAAGGCCAUUGCUACGGACACAGUAGCCAACAUGAGCAGUGGUCCUGAUCCUCCAGUUUUCAAACAACUGAUAGCCCCACUGAUCCCUAAUAUUGUGGAUAGAGCACCAAUAGGCAGAAAAUUUGGGGAUGUCCUGGAGCCAGUGAAACCUGAAUACAGAGUGGGAGAAGUUGUUGAAGUUACAUUUGUAGGUGCUAACCCAAAGAAUUCAGCAGAAAACAGAAGCCACGAGACCUUUCUCACUGUGGAGAAAUAUGAAGACACUACAGCAGCCUGGCACAUAAUGUAUAAUGACGCCUCCUGGGACACUCGGUUUUAUUGGCACAAGGGAGCCUUUGGUUGGAGCAAUGCAACAAUUCAGUGGCAUAUUCCAGACACUGCCCAGGCUGGAAUCUACAGAAUAAGAUAUUUUGGACAUAAUCGGAAGCAGGAAAUUCUGAAGUCUGCAGUUAUACUUUCAUUUGAAGGCACUUCCUCUGCUUUUGAAGUUGUAACUACUUAGUGAAAAGUUGAGAGAUACUUAAAAAUCAUCUUUACUCUGUGUGCAUUAUGAAACUGGUUUCACAUAACUGUGAAUCACCAUUUGGACUUUUGUAAUUAUCCCUGUUUUGGGGACAGAUAGUUUACUGCUGGGACAGAGUCGUGUGUGUGUUUGUGUGUGUGUGUGUGUGUGUGUGUGUGUGUGGGUGUGUAAAGGUGAGAAACAGA